CCGGCCAAAGCCAAAAAUCGCUUUGUGCACAGCCGCAUACAGCUCUCGAGGCCACAGAGCUCGUCCAGGCCACCGUAUAAGUCGCCUGCGCACGCCACUCCUGCACGAAUCCCCGCGCACGGCCGCCAGAGCUCCGCUGCUUACUGGACACCGGAGAGCAGCACGCCGUCGACGCGCGCAUAGCUCAAAAUGGCAGCCAUGGCCACGGAAGACGAGCACCUAUUAAUCGUGGGCACCUAUUCUGAAAACCUGGGCUUCGUCGACGGCAAGGGAAAAGGACUGUACGCGUUCCGACUCACAAGCUCGGGCACGUUCGGCGCGGCGACGUUCCUCAACAAGCCCUUGUUAGGCAACGACGUCGUCGGCGCGAACCCGACGUACCUCUGCAAAUCCGUUACACAUGACGACGUUUUGUACGUGGUCGAUGAGAGCAAUCUGGAACGGGGCGCGCGCGUGCGGGCUAUUCGAGUAGACAAGGACGCCUGCACGGCUGUACCAUUGGGCGAAAGUUUAGCGACCGGAGAUUCUUCGGCCUGCCACGUCGCGGCGACAGAAACCCACGUCUACGUCGCGAAUUAUUGUGGAGGUGCCGAGGGCGCCGGCAGCUGCGCGGCGUUCCACGUGGGGGGAGACGGCUCUCUUAAAUCGGACGCGUCCGAGGCCGAUUUAUUACAGGACGCGAGCGCUUUACGAAGGCUGUCGGCCCUGGGAAAGUUUGUGGUGCCUAAGAAUGGCGACCCCGAGCGACAGGACAAGGCCCACGCGCACAUGUGUCUACUCUCAUCCAAUGGUACGCUACUCGUGCCCGAUUUGGGGGCCGACGUCGUCUGGCGCCUGAACGCGCCUUCUUUGACACCUAUGGCCGUGGCUUGCAAAUGUGACGACGGCGACGGCCCGCGCCACGCGGCCUGGCACCCUUCACUAGAUGUGUUAUACGUGCUCACGGAGCUGUCUUGUAGACUACUGGCGUUCCGCGUGUGUCGUCAAACGGGCAAGCCCCUGGACAAGACGCCGUUCGCGUCCUCUAGAACGCUGCCGCGGGAGUGCUACCCGCCGUCUUCCGUAAACGCGCCUCCGUCCAGGCCCAAGUCGACGUGUGCUGCAUUGGUGGUGCAUCCAUCUGGAAAAUUUGCGUACGCAUCCAAUAGAGCUAUUGGGGUGGACGGUCUGGUGAGUGUCAUUUCGCUUUCGGAAGACGGCGCGCCCUUCACGUCGAUGCACGUGACGACGGGCGGCCGGACGCCGCGCGAGAUCGCGUUGGUCGGGUCCGAUCUACUGCUCGUGGCGAACCAGGACUCUUCUACAAUUCUCUCCUUCGCGAUCGACCAAAAGACGGGCGCGCUGGCCAAGAAGCACCAGGUGGCCUGCCCGACGCCGGUGUGUUUGUUGACUCUUUAAAAACUCGGAUAGUUUA